AUCAGCUCUCGUUUAUUUUGUUACGGUCGUCGGUCGGAGAGGGGUCUGUAGUAGACCUGUAGUCUGCAAAAAGUCCGGUUAAAGGACUGGAGAGCUCAGAUUAGAGGGUCUGGGUCGCAUCCUGCUUCUUUUUCCUUCACAUCGGCUCAGAGCUUCACUAUGCGUUUGGCAGUGUUUGUUUUGGCAUCAGCACUGUCAGCCUUUGCCCUCGACAAUGGGCUGAUGAAGACUCCACCGAUGGGCUGGUUGGCGUGGGAGCGAUUCCGCUGUGACAUUGACUGUGAAAAUGACCCCAAGAACUGCAUCAGUGAGAAUCUCUUCAUCGACAUGGCAGACAGACUCUCGGAGGACGGCUGGAGAGAACUCGGUUACGUCUAUGUGAACAUCGACGACUGCUGGUCCUCAAUGAAGAGAGACAAGGAUGGCCGGCUGCAGGCUGACCCAAAGAGGUUCCCAGGAGGCAUCCAUAAACUGGCUCGCUACAUGCACGACAGGGGUCUCAAACUGGGUAUCUAUGGUGACAUGGGCACACACACCUGUGGGGGUUACCCUGGUACCCCGCUGGACAAGAUUGAGCUAGACGCCCAGACCUUCGCUGACUGGGAGGUGGACAUGUUUAAAUAUGAUGGCUGUUAUUCUAACGCUACAGAGCAGGAAAAGGGUUACCCUCUCAUGGCAAAAGCUCUGAAUGCGACAGGCCGUCCCAUUGGCUACUCCUGCAGUUGGCCCGCCUACCAGGGUGGUCUGCCUCCUAAGGUCAACUACACUCAGUUAGGAGAGAUUUGUAACUUGUGGCGCAACUAUGGUGAUAUCCAGGACUCCUGGGACAGUGUCCUGAACAUUGCUGAUUGGUUCUUUGAAAACCAGGAUGUCCUGGUACCUGCAGCCGGGCCAGGAAGAUGGAACGACCCAGAUAUGCUGAUUAUUGGGGACUUUGGCCUCAGUAUGGAUCAGUCUCGUGCUCAAAUGGCGCUGUGGGCGAUAAUGGCUGCUCCUCUUUUUAUGUCUAAUGACUUACGGACCAUUAGCAGUGGUGCCCGCGCGAUCCUGCAGAACAAGAUGAUCAUCAGCAUCAACCAGGACGCCUUGGGCAUUCAGGGAAGACGUAUUGUCAAGGAGAAGAGUGGCAUUGAGGUGUUCCUGCGGCCACUGUCAAACAAUGCCAGUGCUUUGGUUUUCUUCAGUCGCCGUCAUGACAUGCCCUAUCGAUACCAGACAACCCUCAGCAAACUCAAUUACACCACCGGCCGCUACAAGAUUAUUGACGUCUACACCGACAAAGCUACAGAACUGAAAGACUCUACCAGCUUUGUAGUGUCAGUGAACCCCACGGGAGUCGUCAUGUGGUACGUGUCUGCACCUGCGGAUCUGAGCCUUCACUAUUUCUAUAGAGGCGGAAAACCCCUGGGUUCUGCAUAUCAUGAUGAUGACAACGCCGUCCCUCGAGUGUUUCUCUGAUGACUUCCUGGGAUUUGUCAUCUGAUCAUUAGUUCACAUGAAGUUUUACCUGCAAGGGCCUGAUAUGCACAUUAUCGGGUGAUGAAGGACUCAUUUUUCUGUCCAACACCAAGUGCCAGUUCUUAAAAAAAACAAACAAUUUGUUUUUAAAUCUUUCUCACAUAAUGAAACGACUGUGACCUCAGGGACAUCUGUUAUGAAUUGUGACAUUAAUGUGAUGUUUCUUUGGGCAAAUUGAACAUUGAGUCAAAGGCAACACUGAUUAAAUCAAUGUGGCCUCAGCAAAUCACAUGUAACAUCAGAGGGAGGAAAAUGCUGAUUCAAAACGAGUGGUAAGUGUUUCUUUCAGGAUGCAUGAUGCUUGGUGACUGAUUUACUGUCAGUGUAAAUUGACAAAAAUCAAUGGCUGAUCAAAGACAUUUCACUGCGAUUGUAAAUCUCCUUUACAGGGAUUGGUUUUUACAAACAAAUGUUUCUUUGAUGGAAACUGAAAUCUGCAUCUUAAAAAUGUACAAGGAAGGAUGCUACCAAGCUAUUUUAUCUGAAUGUUUGUAUUUUAUUUUUGUUUUAUUGAAAGGAUAAUAGUUUUAUUCUGUCAGAUGUUCUUUCUACUAUUCUUUGUGAGUGGAAUUUGGAAACAUUUUUACAUGAAAUUCUCUUAUAAUUGUGUUCAGUUUUUAAUUUUGACUUAAAUAAAGGCAAAUUUCGAUGA